UAAUGUUAACCUGGGAAAGGGCUAAAAGGACACGCCUGACGCCCAACCCGAUAUUUCGAUUCAUAAUUUAAAAAAAAUGUGGGUUAGGGUCAGUGUUUGGUUUAAGCGUUAGCUGUGUCCAUGUAGUCUCUCCCGUAACCUGUCUGCUAGAAACUAGGAAAUAGAAAUCAUUCUCCAGCCGUGAUUUUGUGAAUGCAAAACCAACAACCAUAAAAGAAGCCCUUGUGAAAUGGGAGGAGAAGGCAGGAGAGAAGGUGGGGGAGGCGAAAGCAGUCAAGCUGUAUGGUCAGAUUCCUCCUAUUGAGAAGAUGGAUGCUUCUCUCUCCACCCUCAUCAACUGCGAGAAAUUGUCCCUGUCUACAAACUGCAUUGAGAAAAUUGCCAACUUGAAUGGCCUCAAAAACCUACGGAUAUUAUCACUAGGGCGGAACAACAUCAAAAAUCUAAACGGACUGGAGGCGGUUGGUGACACGCUAGAGGAACUGUGGAUUUCCUACAACCUGAUAGAGAAGCUCAAAGGAAUUCAUGUUAUGAAGAAACUCAAGGUCCUCUACAUGUCUAACAACCUGGUCAAGGAGUGGGCUGAGUUCCUGAAGCUAGCUGACCUUCCAUCCUUAGUGGACAUGGUGUUUGUUGGAAACCCUCUGGAGGAGAAAUACUCCGCUGAGGGGACCUGGCUAGAAGAGGCCACCAACAGGCUGCCCAAGCUGAAGAAACUAGAUGGGAAGCCAGUGAUCAAGGCGGAUGAUGACGACGAGGGAGACAGUUAACACAUUCCAUCUCUUACAGUUUACAGGUUGUUGUUUUUCAAAUAUUUUUUAUUGAAAUGGUUUCUAUACCAGCAUCAUUGAGAAUCAAUCGACCAGGCAAUAUCCUAUUAUCUUAUUUGUUCUCUUUUUAGAUGUUGAAUAAGCUCAUUCCACUGGUUGGGAGAUGACCUCUCAUAGAAGCACAUUGCUGAAGCUGUUACAGCUCCAUGGAUGUCAUGAAAUAAAAAGUAAUACGAAAGAGGUAGUACAGUUACAAUGUUUGAUUUCAUGUAUGUAUGUACAGUGGGGAGAACAAGUAUUUGAUACACUGCCGAUUUUGCAGGUUUUCCUACUUACAAAGCAUGUAGAGGUCUGUAAUUUUUAUCAUAUGUACACUUCAACUGUGAGAGACGGAAUCUAAAACAAAAAUCCAGAAAAUCACAUUGUAUGAUUUUUAAGUAAUUCAUUUGCAUUUUAUUGCAUGACAUAAGUAUUUGAUCACCAACCAACCAGUAACAAUUCCGGCUCUCACAGACCUGUUCGUUUUUCUUUAAGAAGCCCUCCUGUUCUCCACUCAUUGUCCAUCAGCCGGUUCUCUAGCCUGGGGACAAGGUUACAUUCCCAUUGGUCUUGUCCAUCAGCCGGUUCUCUAGCCUGGGGACAAGGUUACAUUCCCAUUCGUGAGCAAGACAUUUUGUAUUUAUUUUUAAGCAACCAGCCAAGGCGGGCUAUGUGCAUGUUGAGGCCCUGCUCCAAAAAGCACAUUUACAUUUUUGUAUGGGUGCUGAUGGUCUUAUUUUCACACGAUUCCUGACUCGCACUCGGCUUGCAUGCAUAAAGGACGUUAGUCUCGGACCUGUAUGCAGCCCUCAAGGAGGAAUAUGAGGUUGCACACAAAACGGGGUGAAGGCCAGGGGAGAACAAUUUGAAGUAUUUUCUGUGCAUAGAUGAAUACUGUAUUUUAAAAAGAUGGAAGAUCUAAAUAUAUAUAUAUGUAGCUCUAGUCUUAGCUAAUAGUACCUUUUUUUUCUUACGUUUGUAUAUUAGGCAUGUUUUGUAUAAAAUGAAUAUAUACUGAGAUGUUUAUGAUUUUUUUUAAAUGGCAUUUUAAAUGUUGAAAUUUGGUAUGUUGCAUUAAAAACUAUUAAAGUCA